ACGAGGAAAAUAUAUUAGUCAAUAAAGGUAGCUAUACAAGAUGAAAUCUCUCGGAGUUUCUGUGGUCUUGUAUCUGCAGUGUUUACUAGGAUUGCACUUCUUCCGAAGUGGAAUCUGUGGGAAACAAACUCUCUUUCACAGGAAAACGGGCAAGUAUUUGCCAGAUAGUGUGAUCACAUCGAGAUAUGCUGGGAGUAGUAUGGAGUGUUCAAUAUACUGCACAGAGAUCGAGGGAUGUGUUUCGGUAAAUUACAAAGCAAGCGGACAGGAUGAAGGUCUGUGCGAGCUCAACAACAGCACGAUUACAGAAGAAACUGCAGUUGACAAUGAAGAAUUCGUGUAUCUUUCUAUUGUCUUUUUGCGUCAAGACAUACCAGAGAUUGUCACUCAUUCAAAACAGCAAGCCAGCAAACCAAGCUGCAAAGAACUGCUGGAUGAAGAUGGGAGUCUACAAAACGGGAUUUACCAACUGCAGUCCAGUUCUUCCGAGGAAACCUAUCCAGUUUACUGUCUCAUGAAUGACUCUAUUUGUGGUUCGGGCGGUUGGACAUUAGCGAUGAAAAUAGAUGGCAAAUUGAGCACAUUUACAUAUGCUUCGCCUUACUGGACGAACAAGGAAAGUUAUGCAGUUAAAGAUGGACUUGAAGGACUAACAGAGAAAGAAAGUAAACUGGCCUCUUAUUGGAACACUCCUUUUAAGAAACUAUGUCUUGGUAUGACCGUUAAUGGCGAUGAAAGAUGGAUGAUGUUGAAUUAUGAAGCCAGUUCGCUGUACAGUUUGAUCGCAGACGGGCAGUAUCGAAACACAAGCGCUGGACGGGCCACGUGGAAAUCUCUGAUCGCAGGCUCAUCUUUACAACGAAAAUGCAACCAAGAAGGCUUCAGCAUUGCGUAUAAUAAACAUAGUGUACGUAUUGGAUAUUACACGAAUAAUCAAGACAGUUGCUCACAGGCUGAUUCAUGUAUUGGAUUUGGUAUAUAUUACAAAGCUUGUUACAUCACGUCUAAUAUAACAUGCGGUAAUAUUGCACAAUGUAGCGGCACCGAUAGAGGAAAAAGACUUACUGCCGCAUUCGGAUAUAUUUUAGUUCAAUAGUAGUACAUGAUGGCAAUUAAA